CAACUUCCCGCUUCAGUUCAAAACGUUCAGACACACUCAAACUCCAAGCCCCUCAAUCUCGAUCGACCUCGGUAAUGACCAAGAAGCUCAUCUCCGCCAUGGCCGGGAAGCAAGGUUUCAAGGAGCAGCAGUUCAAUGAUCAGAGGAGACAGCAGGCUUCGAUUCAAGGAGACGACAUCGCCAAGAGCCUGGUGGGGUUCGGCGGCGGCGGCGGCAGGCUGAUCUCCCAUGAGCAGGAGGACGCCAUCAUCGUGGCGGCGCUGCGGCACGUGGUGUCCGGGUACAGCACGCCGCCGCCGGAGGUCGUCACGGUGGCGGGCGGCGAGCCGUGCGGGGUCUGCGGCAUCGACGGAUGCCUCGGCUGCGACUUCUUCGGGGCGGCGCCGGAGCUGACGCAACAGGAAGCAGUGAACUUCGGCACAGGGCAGAUGGUAGCGACAGCUGCGGCAGCGGCGGCCGGAGGGGAGCACGGGCAGAGGACGCGGCGGCGUCGGAAGAAGAACAUGUACCGCGGCGUGCGGCAGCGGCCGUGGGGGAAGUGGGCGGCGGAGAUCCGCGACCCGCGGCGCGCGGCGCGCGUGUGGCUGGGCACGUUCGACACCGCGGAGGAGGCCGCCAGGGCCUACGACUGCGCCGCCAUCGAGUUCCGCGGCGCGCGCGCCAAGCUCAAUUUCCCGGGCCACGAGGCGUUGCUGCCGUUCCAGGGCCAUGGCCAUGGCGGCGACGCUUGCGCCACCGCGGCGGCGAACGCCGAGACGCAGACGACACCGAUGCUGAUGACGCCGUCGCCGUGCAGUGCAGACGCCGCGGCGGCGGCGCCGGGAGACUGGCAGCUGGGCGGCGGCGUGGACGGCGGAGAGGGAGACGAGGUGUGGGAAGGUCUGCUACAGGACCUGAUGAAGCAGGACGAGGCGGACCUCUGGUUCUUGCCAUUUUCCGGCGCUGCAUCUAGUUUUUGAGCUCUUGUACUGUACACACAAGCGUGCAGUGGUUACUGACAGGAUCUCAGCUAGACUGACUAGCAUUCUUUUUGUAGCAUUGAACUAAUUAAGCAUAGCUAGUUGGUUCGUUGUAGGUGGAUUAAUUUGGAAGAGGGGUGGCAUUCUUUUGUUGUGUAUUGAUUCGUGGAAAGAGAUUUUUUUCCCUCUCAAUGAAUUGACUUUGGAAACUGUGUUGAUAGACUGAA